UCGUGCUAACUGGAUCAAUUUCUUAUGUAUACCAAACUAUCUAGCUAGCUUAGCUGCCACGGUCUCUGCCUCUCUGGUGUCUCUAUAUAUAUUCAUACGCGUAGCAUAUGUGCAAGUAUUGUUACAUAUUGCAGGGGAUAUACAGAUUCGAUCUGCGACGUGUGGUUAGUGAUCAGCUGGGUUACGCAGCUAGCCAGCCAUGAGCAAGAGGAGCAGGAGCAUGUGGGACAUGCAGGAGAUCAUCGGCAGCGUAGACACGGCCCGCGUGCUGAUGCUCCUCGCGCAGCAGAGCCAGAACGGCGUGGUGGGGGGCGGCUUCGUCUCCGGCGCGCAGUCGGUGGUGGUGCGCGGCGGCGCCGAGGCGCACGAUCACCGCGUGUUCGAGUGCAAGACGUGCAACCGUCAGUUCCCGACGUUCCAGGCGCUCGGUGGCCACCGCGCCAGCCACAAGCGGCCGCGGCAGCAGCAGCAGCAGCAGCAGCACAGCGCGCUCGGCGGCGCCGCGUCCCACGACGCGGCGGGGCUCUGCCUCGGGGGGCAGCCGACGCCGCCGCGGCCGCUGCCGACGAAGCCGAGGGUGCACGAGUGCCCCGUCUGCGGGCUCGAGUUCCCCAUCGGCCAGGCGCUCGGCGGGCACAUGCGCCGGCACCGCGCGGAGGCCGAGGCGGCGACGAUGAACGACGUCAGUAAGCCGGCGCCCGUGAAGGCCUGCGACGGCGGCGGUGUCUGCCUGGACUUGAACCUGACGCCGUCGGAGAACUGCGCCAAGUGCCGGAACGUGGUGGGCCUCGCCGCCGGCGGGCAGGGCGUACACAAAGCGCUCGCCAUGCUGGAUUGUUUUCUUUGAUCCUUCCAUUGAAUUGCACAGAUUCUUGCAUGGUAGCUGUUGCAAAUUAUUCCUUUGUUUCUUGAUAAUAUAAAAGAUACAACGUUGAUCUUCCUUUUGUUUAUAUUUUUUUAACAUUUUGUAGAUUUGCUGUAAUUUGGGCUCUAUCUCCUGGUAUUAGUUAGAUAUUGCUCAUAUGCCAGGGUAAUUGUGAAGAACUCACAAACGAACACUUGUAUUUUGUUGUAAAUAACAAUAAAUCCAUGAAAUUAUUCCGUUUUUACUUUGUCGUUCCGCAGCUGCAUAUUUCUG